GCAUGUGUAGCAGACCAUUUUAUUCACAGACUUCAGUUCUUUUUUUCCUCUGUCCUUCCAAGCUUGCUUUUACAAGUGAUGAGAUGGUGCGCUGAGUCACUUCCAUGAGCGGCUCCUGUACCACUCCAGAACAAGAAGACGGAUGCUAAAGAAUAAAGGUGUGAGGGCACCAGUGCUUUGCUGUUGAGAAGUCUAGCUCCUAAGUGAACGUACUGAAGAUUUCUGGAGUUGGUGGGACAACUACCUCUACCUCAAAUUUUAUGAAUACUGCUAGCCAUGGCUGUGGAACUCUGUCUGCUGCUGCUGUUGUUUUGUGGAGGUACUAUUUCAGAGGUUCAGCCUAUAUACAAGCCGCCUCCUGGGACUUUGGAUUUUGGAUUUGUACCUGCCAAGACAUAUGAUACAGGUGCAUACCAUGAACCUGGGCCAAUAGGAAUUUUGUUUAAAGUAGUCCAUGCCUUCCUGUAUCUAGUGCAGCCCAAUCCUUUUCCUCAAGAUCUCAUCAGAAAACUAGCACAGCAGAAGUUUGGAAAUACACAGGGCGAUUAUCAAAAGCCCGAAAAUGUUGUCCUGACACUCCAGGCCAUCUACUAUGAGAUCGGUUUUAUAGUCUCCGCAGCCUUGGGAUUGCUAUUUAUUUUGUUACUGCCUCUUGUGGGACUUUGCUUCUGUAUGUGUCGUUGCUGUGACAACUGUGGUGGGGAAAUGCAUCAAAGACAGAAGAAAAAUGCUGACUGUCAGAGGAGCUGUUUUGCAACAUUUCUUUUUGUUGCUUCUUUAAUAAUAAGCGUUGGAGUGCUUUGUGCAUAUGCUGCCAACCAACACUUAACUAGUCAAGUCCGAGGAGCAAAGAAACUGGUCAACAGUAAUUUUAAAGAUCUGAAAGUUUUCCUUAACGACACUCCAGCGCAAAUUGACUACUUGGUGAGCCAGUACAACACAACUAAGGAUAAAGCGCUCUCUGACCUAAAUAAUGUUGGACCUUUGCUUGGUAGCAGAGUUCAAGAGCAGCUGGGGAAAGAAGUACGUCCCGCACUUGAUGCAGCUUUGACAAUGGCAGGAGCCAUCAGAGAAACGAAGGAAGCAUUGGAAAACGUGAGCGUCUCUGUAGAAGUUUUGCAGGAAGGCACCGAGAGGCUUCAUGGAAAUUUGACAGAUGUUAAAAUGCACCUGAGCAACACCCUCAAUGAUUCUGCAUGCACUGCAGCUCAGGCUGCCUCAACUUGCAAUAUCAUCAGGAAUUCAUUAAAUCAACUGAACAUUAAUGCCAAUUUCAGUGGGUUGCCGGGGGUGAGCUCACAGCUUGCGAAGGUCAAUGAUGUCCUUAAAAUAGACCUUUCUAGUCUGGUUCAGAAGGGUUAUGCAGCAUUUAAUGAUACUCCAGACUUAGUAGUGAACCAGACUAAGAACAUCUUAUCAGCUGUUCCUUAUAUCAAAAAUGUGCUGGAAUCCAUUGGUUCAAAUAUCAGUAACUUCACAAAAACUCUCCCUGUGCAGAACAUUAUAGCAGAUUUGACAGUAUAUCUGACACAGAGUGAAGCGUAUGUUCAAGACUAUUUUCCAGUAGUGGAGCAGUAUGAUUUCUACAGGUGGCUGGGUUGUCUCAUUCUCUGCUGCAUGGUGGUCCUGAUUGUGAUCUUUUACUAUCUUGGGUUGCUAUGUGGAACCUGUGGUUAUGAUAAACAUGCUUCUCCAACAACCAGGGGCUGCAUUUCCAACACUGGAGGAAACUUUCUUAUGGCUGGCGUUGGAUUCAGUUUUCUUUUCUCCUGGGUGCUGAUGAUUGUAGUGGUGCUAACUUUUAUCACAGGUGGAAAUAUAGAAAAACUGGUGUGUGAGCCCUUUGAAGAUAAAACUUUAUUCAAGGUUUUGGAUACUCCCUACUUACUAAAUCAGCAUUGGAAAAACUAUCUUUCUGGCAUUCUUUUUAAAAAUCCAAAUAUUAACUUGACUUUUGAAAAAGUAUACAGUGAUUGCAAGGAAAACAAAGGAAUUUAUACUUCCCUUCAUCUAGACCACCUGUUCAAUAUCAAUGAAUUUUUGAAUAUUAGUAUGUAUACAGAAGAUGUAGCACUUAGAAUUGAACACAUUCAGAUAAACCUCAGCAAAAUCAUUCUGCUGGAUGAAAUUGGGAAAGAGAAUCUUCUGAAUUUCAGCUCUUCAGGAAUAGAAGGGAUAAACUUUGGAGCAUACUUGACAGAGAUCAAUAAAAGCGUUACCAAGGUUGAUCUUUUGUCAUUUGCUAAUGACUUAGAAGCAAGAGCAGACCAACUGCCAAAAGGAGCCCUGGAAAAUGCCUUAAAAGGACACGCAAACAGCAUUCGGAUGAUUCAUAGCCAGCAGGUUGUUCCACUGGAGCAAGCUAUGAGCACUUUAAAUCAGAGCAUUAGGCUGCUGAAGAGGACAUCAUCUGAACUUAUGGUAAAGGUGAAAAAUGUCAUUAGUGCUGUUAAUGCUGCCCAGCUUCUCAUAAAUAACAAUGCUUCUCUAGUUAUUGUCCAGGAAACAAAGAAGUACAUGGACACCAUCGUUGGCUACUUUGAGCAAUACAUUGAGUGGGUGAAGGAGUCGAUUGCCAUGGAGGUAGCAGCAUGCAAGCCAAUUGCCAAUGUGAUAGAUACAGCAGUGGAUAUAUUUUUAUGCAGCUAUGUAACUGAUUCUGUGAAUACCUUCUGGUUUGGUUUGGGAGGCUCUUCAAUAUUUUUAAUUCCUGCCAUAAUUUUUGCUGUGAAACUCUCCAAAUACUAUCGUAGAAUGGAUACAGAGGAUGUGUAUGAUGAUAUGGAAAAUGGUAAUAAUGGUUAUCAUAAAGAGCAUUUAUAUGGUAUACACAAUCCUGUUAUUACAAGCUCUGUGGAACAGUGGUAACAGAAACUGGAAUCAUAAAGGGGCUAUAGAAAUGAGGCUCAAGAUUCUUCUAUGGGAAUAUAUUGAUAUUCUUCCAAGUGCACUGGCAUUUGCAAUCGUCUUCAAAAUACUGAGCCACUUGUUUUGUGAGACCUGUACUGUAAAUCACAAAUGUACUAUUGAAUGUUAUGCCAUAAGCUACUGUACAGGAUAUUUUGUGACCAGGACACUGCCUCUCAAACACCACUGUUCAAGGCUUGAAUUAUUAUAUUAUUAUUAUCUUUCUUUUUUUUUUUUUUUUUUUUUUUAAACUUUUUUUACAUAAUAGCUUUCUAUCUUGCAUCACAGGAUAUAAAUAUAUUAGAUUAACUUACUUUGCUUAGCAGUUUUCUGACAGCUGGUCAAAUUCUUAUCUUAAAUUGUUGAGAUGUGUUAAAUACGGUACAGACACGUUUACAUAAAAAUACAUUUUGUAUACAGAGACUUUUGUAUAUAUGUUUUUCUUAAAACAUGUAAGUGUUUAGUUAAGAUUUUAAUAUUGUAUAGUACGUUUCACAAAUGAAUUUACCAGCAUGAUCAGUGUUGCUAUUUGGUGCUCUUGAAUGACCACUUUGGACUAAAUUUUAUGUGUGUAAUGGGAUGCACAGUGUCUCUUUGUGUCUCUGAAAAGGUCAGUUGCAUUUCUGUUUUCUCCCUUUUUUUUAAUUAUUAUUUAAUGUUCAGUGAUUUUUGCAGUAUAGACCUAAAAGGGAGAUGUUUGGUUUGAAACUGUAUU